ACGACAAAAUCAGCUGUUGCACCUCUACAGAUUAAGUCUGUUUCCUUCCCUGAAUGUGGCGUUGAAUACCAGGAUUACACUCCCUGCACUGAUCCAAGGAGAUGGAAGAAGUAUGGUUACAAACGGCUUGCUUUCUUGGAACGACAUUGCCCACCAAUAUUUGAAAGAAAAGAGUGCUUGGUCCCACCCGAGGGUUAUAAAAUGCCAAUUAGAUGGCCAAAGAGCAAGAAUGAGUGUUGGUACAGAAAUGUGCCAUAUGAUUGGAUCAACAAGCAGAAGUCUAAUCCAUGGCUGAAGAAAGAAGGAGAAAAAUUCUUCUUCCCUGGUGGAGGCACGAUGUUUCCUAAGGGAGUUAGUCAUUAUGUAGAUCUUAUGGAAAACUUGCUUCCUCAAUUGAAAGAUGGAACUAUUCGUACUGCUAUUGAUACUGGCUGUGGGGUGGCUAGCUGGGGAGGCGAUUUACUGGAUAGAGGAAUUCUUACUGUUUCCCUGCCCAAGGAUAACCAUGAGGCACAAGUCCAAUUUGCCCUGGAACGUGGUAUUCCUGCAAUCCUAGGAGUUAUUUCAACACGACUUCCUUUCCCUUCCAGUUCGUUUGAUAUGGCUCACUGCUCAAGAUGCCUUAUCCCUUGGACAGAGUUUGGUGGACUCUACCUCAUGGAAAUUCACCGUAUACUUCGGCCAGGAGGAUUCUGGGUUCUUUCUGGACCACCUGUGAACUAUGAGAACCGUUGGCGAGGGUGGAAUACCACUGUUGAGGAACAAAGAUCAGACUAUGAAAAAUUACAGGAAUUGCUUACAUCUAUGUGCUUCAAACUGUUCAGCAAAAAGGAUGAUAUUGCUGUGUGGCGGAAGGCUUCAGACAAUAGCUGCUAUGAUGAGAAGCUUGCUAAUCCUGAUGCUUAUCCUCCCAAGUGUGAUGACAGCGUGGAGCCUGAUUCAGCUUGGUACACUCCUCUACGCUCAUGUGUGACAGUCCCAAACCCAAAGUUCAAGAAAUUGAGUUUGAAAUCUGUGACAAAGUGGCCACAACGUUUGGACGUUGCACCAGAUCGCCUCUCUGAUAUUCCUGGUGGGAAUGGUGGUGCCUUCAAGCAUGAUGAAAGCAAGUGGAAGGUCAGAGUUAAGCAUUACAAGAAGUUGGUUCCGGCCUUGGGAAGUGACAAGAUAAGGAAUGUUAUGGAUAUGAAUACAGUGUAUGGAGGUCUUGCAGCUCAACUAAUUGAGGAUCCUGUUUGGGUUAUGAACGUAGUGUCCUCCUAUGGUCCUAACACAUUGCCUGUGGUUUAUGAUCGGGGUCUCAUUGGAGUUUAUCAUGACUGGUGCGAGCCAUUCUCUACUUAUCCAAGAACAUAUGAUCUUCUUCACGCAGAUGGCCUCUUCACUGCUGAAAGUCAUAGGUGCGAUAUGAAGUAUGUGCUCUUGGAAAUGGAUCGAAUUCUUCGACCUAGUGGGUAUGCUAUCAUCCGGGAAAACAACUACUUUGUGGAUUCUAUCAGCACUAUUGCUAAGGGGAUGAAGUGGGAGUGUCGCAAGGAAGAAACCGGUUACAACAGUGAGAAUGAAAAGAUACUAAUCUGCCAGAAGAAACUCUGGUACUCUAAACAGAGUUCAAGAUGACAAACUACAAGAGUCUUUGAAUCAAGAAGGCCAUCGAGUUUUCUGGUUGAGAAUGAAAUAUAAGUUAUACUUGAUGUGAUUUAGCGAAAGCUCAAGAGCACAGGUCUAGAAAGGCAAAGCAUAUAUAGAUGAUUCUUUUUGCCGCACGAGAAGGAACGUGCUGUCUAUCCAAUUCAUUAUAGAAGAAAUUCAAAGGUUAAAGAAACCAGAGUUUGUCAUACUGAAAUCAGUCGAUUUUAAAGGAAUAUUAGAAAACAAUAAGAUCUUAUUAUUUUGUAGUUAAUGUAUUUUUUUUAAUCAAGUUUAUACAUGCUCCCAACAUUGUACUUAAAAUAGCCAGUACCUUAAAUUUUGUGCACGUGAUGAUAUAAAAAUGUGCUGAGAUUUUUACAUCAUGAA